AUUGACAACAUAUUUAAAUUUCGCUUUUUCAUAACUGACCUUCACAAUCAGUUAACUAAUUUGCACAAUGUGGAAUACGCCCAGUCUAAAGCAAACGAACUGCUGACAGUUUUUAGAGGACAAAAGUUAACUGUUGAUGAACUUUCCGCAAUUAAACAAAACAUAAAUGGAUAUAUUUCAACAAAUACAUUUUUAUCUGCUACUACAGCUUGUGACGUUGCACUAUUCUAUUCAGGUGAAGGAUCAGAUCGUCCUGAACGUGAAUCAGUUAUGUUCGAAAUCGAUAUUAAUAAUCCGUCACAAACAUUGACAUCAUUCGCACGUAUACAAAAAUUGAGUUAUUUUGAAACAGAAGAUGAAGUUUUGUUUACUAUUGGUGCCAUAUUUCGAAUUGAUUUUGUUGAGUCAUACGAUCUCGUUUGGCAUAUAAAAUUAACACUGACGAACGGUGAAAAUGACGAAAUUAAAGUACUGACUGAUCACUUAAUGAAUGAAGUUGGUAAUUUAAGUUCAACAAUGACACUUGGAAGUAUUUUAAUUGAAAUGGGAGAUUAUGAUCGAGCCUAUAAAUAUCAUCGUCUGUUGUUCGAAGAACUGCCACCAAAUAAUGACGACCUAGCCAUGAUUUAUAAUCAUUUAGGUGUGAUACAAGCGCAUAAGGAUGAUAAGACGACAGCACUUGAGUACUAUACAAAAGCAGCUGAUAUUGCCGAAAGUAAAGAAAAGUAUUCUUAUCUUUUGUAUAUUUAUUCGAACAUAGCAACUGUCUACAUGGCCAAGCAAGAUUAUCAAAAGAGUUUAAGCUUUUGUAAAAAAGGUCUCGAGUUAGUUGAACAGCCAACAGUCAAUAAUAAUCCUAUUGGUGUUGCAAAUUUAUAUCGAACAUUAGGCAAAAUUUAUUUUUUGACGGGUGUAUAUGAAUUAGCACAUGUUCAUUUCAAUAAAGCUCUUAAAUGGUUAAAACAAACUUUACCCUGGAAUCAUUAUUAUAUAACGAGUUUAUAUGCUGCUAUAGCUGAUGUUUAUUUUGAACAGGGCAAUUAUAAAACUGCACUUCAUUUACAAAAGCAAGUGCUUGAAAUGGAACAAAAAUGUUUACCGUUCGAGCAUCCCUCUAUUGGAGCAUCUCAUAAUAAUCUAGGGCAAACUUAUCGAAACCUAGGAAUGUACACUGAAGCUAUGAAAAACUAUGAGAUAACACUAAAGAUUUAUCAAACUGCAUUACCAAAAAAUCAUACCGAUGUUGGCUUAAUUUAUCAUAAUAUUGCAGAGAUUUAUGAUCAUUUAGAUGACUGUGAAAAUGCGUUAGAAACUUAUCAAAAAGCUCUGGACAUUCUACUUGUGUCAAGUCAUGGUGAAACAGCAAAAACCUACAAUAACAUUGGAAUGAUCUAUCAAAAACAAAAAGAUUAUACACAAGCAUUGAUCUGUUAUCAAAAAGCGCUUGAUAUCAAUAGUCAAUCAUUAAGUCAAGAUCAUCCUGUUAUGGGCAUUACAUAUAAUAAUAUGGGAACUGUUCAUUUGGCAAAAAAUAAUUACUCUAUUGCACUCGACAAUUUUAAACACGCAUUAAAAAUAUUUCAUACACCACUACUCGUUGAUCAUCCAAUGCUCGUUAAGAUAUAUAAUAAUAUUGCAUUGGCAUUAUGUAAUAUGAGUGAUUAUACAUCUGCACUAGAAACUUUAGACAAUGGCCUCAAAAUGAUUCAAGAAAAUUACGAGAAUUUUUCACAACAAGACGUGGCUCUUUUCUAUUCAAAUUAUGGUGAGCUAUGUGUCAAUUUAAAAAAGUACGGUGAAGCGUUAGAUAAAUUCAAAAAAUCAUUACAGAUUCAUUUGAAUUUAAAUCCAAUCAGUACUUUAUCAUUGGCUGCGAUAUACAAAAAUAUUGGAGAAACUUAUCAUAUUAUAGGUAAAAGUAACAUAGUAAAACGUUUCUAUUGUGAACACUCUCGACAAUAUCUCUAA